ACCUUCACUGUCUUUGCGUUUUGGUGCGCCGCUUCGGGAAAAUCCGGCAACAAUGAAUGAGGAGCGAAUAUAUCGCAUUGCAUUUCGACUUUCUGCUGUGAUUAUCAUCACACGUCUCACAUAAUCGGCUGGUAAACAAUGAAAAUUGUUGGAUGUUCUAUCUGUUUUUUAACAGAUAGACAGGAGUUGCAUUAUACAGAGGACGUUUGGCCUAAUCAACAAAAUAUGAGUUAAAUCUUGGAGGAAACACACGUCCUUAGGGUUUUAUCAUUUUAUCAUAUAAUUUUAUUCUACGUUUAGGACUGUUUAAGAUUGUCCUGUCAUUUGGAUGGUUUAUCUACGCUUGGUAUUCGUUGUUAAUCGCACUACUGUAUGAGCGCAUGUGCAAUGGCAGGCCGCGAGCAGCAUCAGCAGCAUCAGCACCAUUCGCAGGUGGAGAUGAAGGCAGAGCUGGAUGAUGCGGAGCUGGCACUGCAGGGCAUAAGUAUGCUCCUCAACAAUGGCUUCAAGGAAAGCGAUGAGCUCUUCAGGAGAUACAGGACCCAAAGUCCACUGAUGAGCUUCGGGGCCAGUUUCGUGUCCUUCCUGAAUGCCAUGAUGACGUUUGAGGAGGAGAAGAUGCAGAUGGCCUGUGAUGACCUGCGCACCACAGAGAAGCUGUGUGAGAGUGACAACGCUGGUGUCAUCGAGACCAUCCGCAAUAAAAUCAAGAAAAGUAUGGACUCUCAGACGUCAGGGUCGGCAAUAGUGGAUCGACUCCAAAGGCAGAUCAUAGUGGCUGACUGCCAGGUAUACCUCGCUGUGCUCUCGUUCAUCAAGCAGGAACUCUCAGCAUAUAUUAAAGGAGGCUGGAUCCUCCGCAAGGCUUGGAAGAUGUACAACAAAUGCUACAGUGACAUUAGCCAGCUCCAGGAAGCAUGUCGCAGGCGUUCCUCUGAUCAGGAAAAUCACAACUCACCUGUUGCCGAGAGCAAUGGCGGGCUGACGGAGGAGGCACUGGGGCGUCUGAAGGGCUCGGUCAGUUUUGGCUAUGGCCUUUUCCAUCUCUGCAUCUCUAUGGUUCCUCCCCAUCUACUGAAGAUAGUCAAUCUGCUGGGAUUUCCAGGAGACCGAAACCAGGGUCUGGCAUCACUCAUCUACGCAAGUGAGAGCAAAGACAUGAAAGCACCACUGGCCACGCUGGCUCUCUUAUGGUACCACACAGUGGUGCAGCCCUUCUUUGCUCUGGAUGGCUCUGAUUCCCGGGCUGGGCUGCUUGAAGCUAAAACUAUUCUGCAGAAGAAAGCAGUAAUUUACCCCAACUCAUCUCUCUUCAUCUUCUUUAGAGGACGAGUGCAAAGGUUAGAGUGCCAGAUAAAUGGUGCACUGGCAUCUUUCAAUGAUGCUCUGGAGUUUGCUUCAGACCAAAGAGAGAUCCAACAUGUGUGUCUCUAUGAGAUCGGGUGGUGCAGUAUGAUUGAGAUGAACUUUGAAGAUGCUUAUAAGGCAUUUGAAAGACUAAAAAAUGAGUCCAGGUGGUCACAAUGCUACUACGCUUAUCUUACUGGAGUAUGCCAGGGUGCCUCAGGUGAUUUGGCGGGGGCAAACACGAUUUUCCAAGACGUACCUAAGCUCUUCAAACGCAAGAACAAUCAGAUUGAGCAGUUUGCAUUCAGGAGGGCAGAGCGAUUGAGAAAACUGGGUGCUUCACAGGAACUGUGCAUUCUGGGAGUUGUAGAGGUGCUCUACCUGUGGAAGGCUCUUGCAAAUUGCUCAUCUUCUAAACUGCAGCUCAUGAGCCAAGUGUUGCAGGGUGUGGAUGACCCAUCCUUCAUGGGUUUAAAACACUUGCUUCUCGGUGCUAUACAGAAAUGUCUUGGAAACAUUAAAGAUGCUAUUCAGUCGUAUCAGAGGGCAGCCAGGGAUGAGCUGGGCCGACUGAACAACUCUUAUGUGCAGCCAUACGCCUACUAUGAGCUAGGAUGUGUGUUGUUGGCUAAACCUGAGACUUUGAGUAAAGGAAGGUCAUUGUUGCUUCAGGCAAAGGAGAACUGUACAGGAUAUGACUUUGAGAACAGACUGCAUGUGCGAAUCCACACCGCCCUCGCCUCUGUAAAGGAAGUGGUCCCUCUGUGACUCCAGCCAACCCAGGAAGUGCAUUUUACAGGGACCAGCCCUGUUUGGCACCUUUUAAAAUGCAAGCCAUUAAAAAUGUUUUUUUUUUUGUUUGUUUGUUUGUUUUUUGAAAAUGAAAAUGAUAAAUUAUUUUUAGAUGGUUAGGUUGAUCACCAAUAGUCUUUUUUUUCCUAUGUGGGUGAAUUUCCUGUUUUUAUGUAGUAGAUAAAGUACAUAAAGUGGAUUAUAUUGCAGUUUCAAAGUUCAGUUAAAGUUAGCUGUCCCAUUACACUGAUGAAUGUUACUAUUUCUGAAUGUUUUGUCUUUUUUGGCUUUGGAAAUGUAUUACAUUUUACCAGGACAUUUUGGAAAGGAUAAGAACAAUGUUCUAAAUUUGGCUGGCUUUAGUUUUUGUUUUAUAAUUUGUUAUAAUUUAAGAAUUUGUGUCAUGGGAAUAAUACUAGAUUAACACUACCUACCUAACACUACCUAACACUAUUACAAUAUUUACACACACAUUAAUGUCAGAGGAAGGCAGAAUUCUGUCUAAGGACUUAACCAUGUUGUAUUUUUUUUCUCUAAUAAGCAUAAUCCCUCUGAAAAAAUUAAUUAAAUAUCAUUUAUUUAAAAUUUUGCAUUUUACAAAAAUGAUCUGUGUAUGAUAUGAAAAUGUAAAUAGAAAUAAUCAUUGUGUAAUAAUAAGUUAAUAGAUAACUACUAAAAUUCGGCAAUUAUCAUUAUGAAGAAGGAUGAUGGUCUCCAUAUUCAUCUGAUAAGCCAAAUGGCUCAGAAGCUUGUUUACUGUUUCUUCAAACAAGCUCAGACUUAUCAAGAGCGAUAUCAGUAUCGCGGACCCAUAUGUAUAUUCUCACCAAUUUUCAGAUGGAUAGCUGAGCAGGUUCUGUAGUUAAAAAAACCUGUUUCCUUUAAAAAAUCGGAAUGUCAGAUGUCACAGGUUUAAAGCCAACUGCCUUAUAAGUUUAGAAGUUCUAAAUGGGAAAAUAUAGAUUUAGCACUUUGUUAACAAAUUUAAACCAAAGACCAAUUUACAGUAUAGAAUCAAAAUUGGCCAUGCGAGAGGAGUUAACCAGUUAAAAUUACAUUUCUGCAUUUACAGAAAUUCAGGGGUAUACAACAAAUUAUUAUAUAAAUAAGGCAAUUUUAAGUCAAAAUGCUUCACAGUAUCAUUUUAGCUUGUGCUAUAAACUCUGGACAGAUCAGAUGAAUGUUUUUAAACUAAAAAUGAAGAAUAAAAUGCAUACUUCUCUGUCCAAUAAUCUUUAAAAAUUCUGUUUUUCAUAUUAAACAUAUAGUCACUACAUUAAUCAGACAAGAAUGUAUAAAUGAACCUGGAAUCUCAAAUUUCCACGAGUAUCCAAUGAAAGUGAAAAUGAAUUCAGUCUGCUGCAACAUUUUUCUCAGUCCAGCAUUUGAGGAUUACUGCUUCAGAGCGUUUUGGAUAAAUUUUCAGACAUAAACUGAUCAAACAUUGCUAGCUCUGCAACAUUACUCAAUGUUUUUUAAAUUUGCUGAGUGGUACUUCUUGCAUGUGGUGUCUGCAUUGCAGGGACAUGCAUAUGCAGUUUGACAUUGUAAAAUUUGUUAUCCUACUAAUCUCCCAUAACUAAGACAGGUUCGAGGUGUGCAAAAAUCUGAAUUUCUAUUCAGUUGUGAAAUCACACUUGAUCUCACUGAAAAAAGUAAUUAUUCAGGAAAAUAUCACACAUGGAUAGUGUUAUUUAGCCACACACAUUAACUGUCUUGGCCUUAAUCAUGAGACAUACAGAAACAUACAUAAUAAAAAUGUAAUCUUCUUCACAAUAGUGACCAUAUUUAAAUGAUUCUGUGCAUGAAAAAUGAGAUAUCAUUAAAUCAGACUGUUUUUGAAUCCUUUCACAUUGUCCUUAAUAUUUUUCCAGAUUACAACUAAUAAGAUGCUGAAACUACUACCCAAUGACCUCCUGGUUUCAUUGCUUCUGUAUGUUUAAGGCACCUGGUGAACGUGUUUUGCUAGCUUUCAUUGUUAUAUCAUUACUACUGUCAACAUUAUGACAUUACAUGUAUGUACUCUAUACUCAAAUUUCCUGCUAUAUAGUUCUCAAAGUGGGGUUCAAGACAUACAGCCAGGGUAUAGUCAUUUUCUAUUUAAUGAGGGUAAAGUGGUAGAAAUCCAUAGACUAAAUCUUUAUUGAUUAAUCUAUAUUGAUUGAUUGAUUGAUUGAUUGAUUGAUUGAUUGAUUGAUUGAUUGAUUGAUUGAUUGAUUGAUUGAUUGAUUGAUUGAUUGAUUGAUUGAUUGAUUGAUUGAUUGAUUGGUGUCUCUAAUAUUGCAAUAAUAGGCUUUCACUCAUACAAUACCUUAUUUCUGCAAAUAUAAAAUUGUUUUACACUGAAAAGGCUCCCUGGCUGCAAAAGAUGUACGAACCAUAGAGAUCUAUACAGGAUUUUUUUAUAUUUCUGAUCCUUUAAAAAUCAUUUAGUAGCUGCUAUUACAUAUAGAUAAUUUAAUCUGGUUUAUUAGAUGACAUACUCAAUGCAUUAGAUAAUCAGCCUGUUACAUCACUCCACUUGCAUGAGAUGAGUAAAUAUGCACAUGCUGCCAUAUAGACUGAAACACUAUGAAUAUAUUAAUAUGGUUAAAUAUGUUCAGGUAUAUUUCCACUUUAUUUCCAAGUUUAUUUCCACUAAAACUUAUCACCCUGAAAUAAUACUGAAAUAAUCCUGAAAGUUUUUUCACAUUCACCAGCUAGCAAGAAACUCUAAACUUUACACUGAAGGAUAAUCUCUGAGCACAAGUUUUGACCACUCAUACAGCUACCUUGUUUUUUUAUUUUUAUAUAAAGGAUGGAAUAUAUGCAUCUAUGCUAUUACAUGCUUUUUUGUUUCAUCUAUUACAUAAAAUAUUCUUUAAUUUUUGUUUUCAAUUCAUUGACCUGUAUUUUGUUGAGCGAGGCAAGAUCAUAUUCAGUGUGAGGUACCGAGGAUGAAAUGUGAUUUGUUCCUUUUUCUUUGACAGUGCUUACAAGGAAAUUUGGCAAAUUGUACAUUUCAAGUAUUUUGAUGUGCAAAAUAAGUCAGAAUCUCACAUCUGUACUGAUAAUUUGUGUGCUUUACUGUUAAGUGCCCAGGUAAUGUGAUACUAUGUUAAUCCUAUAUGCAUAACCAUAAUUAAUAUUCUGUACUGUAAUGUCACUGAGACAGUGAAGUGUGUGAGUGGCACUGCCAGUUGACCCUGAAUUAAAAUAUGUUCUUAAUGCCA